UGGAUGGAUGGUGGUUGGAGGAGGGUGGAUGGAGAAUGGAGGAUGGAUGAAUGGGAGGACAGACGGUCAUCCACUUCUGUGAUCAUUGAAUUUAACAGCCACAGUGAGGCUCAGGGGGAAUGAGGCAGUUGAGAUAAGGCGUAGGUAGCAGCUUGUCACCAUGGGCUCUGCUAGAGUGAGGUCCCCUUGGUCAACGGCCCUAGCAUUGGUUAAGUUUUGCGGCAGCACUAGCAUGUCUGCUAAGUAACAUGUGUCCUGUCGCCUUUCAACAGCCUGGCAUCCGGGUGGCUUUUUCUCAGGAGUCACUUAGGGAUGUGCCCCUGGGAGUCAGCACCAUGGGUGGGAGCUGGCUUCUCUUCCUGUCUCAUGGUCGUUGUCUGGCCUUGUUUGUGGCAUCUCUGGCCAUGUAUAGCUCUUCCCCAGCAGCCUACCAUCAGACCAGGAGGAACCCCAGCCCCUUCCUGGGCACACCUCUCACAUCACAGUGGGGUGACCUCCUAGUGCUGCCUGCCCCACAGCUGUUAGAGACCCUCCCUGGGAGUUGCAGGAUGGGGGCAGGCUGCCUCAUCACCCAAGUGUUAGAGCACAGACACCUGUCCGAGAUGCGGGGUGUUAACCCUGGGUGGUGGAGAGGGUGCCCCGCACACUCCCUACAGCAGCCGUGGGAAGGGGCAGUGCCGGGAAGGGCUGCAGCCGGGCCAGCUCUGUCUCUCCACAGCUGGGGCUGCCCGAAGCAGAAGUACACCUUCAACGAGUCGUCCUCGGAGAUCAACUGGGCACCUAUCCUGUGGGUGGAAAGGAAGAUGGCUCUGUGGGCGAUUCAGGUCACCGUGGCCAUAAUAAGCUUCCUGGAGACCAUGCUUCUCAUUUACCUCAGCUACAAAGGCAACAUCUGGGAGCAGAUCUUCCGUGUCUCCUUCGUGCUGGAGAUGAUCAACACGCUGCCUUUCAUCAUCACGAUAUUCUGGGCGCCUCUGAGGAAUCUGUUCAUCCCCGUGUUUCUGAACUGCUGGCUGGCCAAGCAUGCGCUGGAGAACAUGAUCAACGACUUCCACCGGGCCAUCCUGCGGACGCAGUCGGCCAUGUUCAACCAGGUCCUGAUACUCUUCUGCACCCUGCUAUGCCUGCUCUUCACAGGGACCUGUGGCAUCCAGCACCUGGAGCGAGCGGGCGAGAACCUGUCCCUCCUGACGUCCUUCUACUUCUGCAUUGUCACUUUCUCCACCGUGGGCUACGGCGAUGUGACGCCCAAGAUCUGGCCGUCCCAGCUGCUGGUGGUCAUCAUGAUCUGCGUGGCGCUGGUGGUGCUCCCUCUGCAGUUUGAGGAGCUCGUCUACCUGUGGAUGGAGCGGCAGAAGUCCGGGGGGAAUUACAGCCGCCACCGGGCCCAGACAGAGAGGCACGUGGUCCUGUGCGUCAGCUCCCUCAAGAUAGACCUGCUCAUGGACUUUCUGAACGAGUUUUACGCCCACCCCCGGCUCCAGGACUAUUACGUGGUCAUCCUGUGCCCCACCGAGAUGGACAUCCAGGUCCGCAGGGUCCUUCAGAUCCCCCUGUGGUCCCAGCGGGUCAUUUACCUCCAGGGCUCCGCGCUCAAGGACCAGGACCUCAUGCGAGCCAAGAUGGACAACGGGGAGGCCUGCUUCAUCCUCAGCAGCCGCAAUGAGGUGGAUCGCACGGCGGCGGAUCACCAGACUAUCCUGCGGGCCUGGGCUGUGAAGGACUUUGCCCCCAACUGCCCCCUCUACGUCCAGAUCCUCAAGCCUGAGAACAAGUUCCACGUCAAGUUCGCAGACCACGUGGUGUGUGAGGAGGAAUGCAAGUAUGCCAUGCUGGCCCUGAACUGCAUCUGCCCGGCCACGUCCACGCUCAUCACCCUGCUGGUGCACACGUCCCGUGGCCAGGAGGGCCAGGAGUCGCCGGAGCAGUGGCAGCGCAUGUACGGGCGCUGCUCGGGCAACGAGGUGUACCACGUGCGCAUGGGUGACAGCAAGUUCUUCCGCGAGUACCAGGGCAAGAGCUUCACCUACGCCGCCUUCCACGCCCACAAGAAGUACGGCGUGUGCCUCAUCGGGCUGAAGCGGGAAGAGAACAAGAGCAUCCUGCUGAACCCCGGGCCGCGGCACACGCUGGCCGCCUCCGACACCUGCUUCUACAUCAACAUCACGAAGGAGGAGAACUCCGCCUUCAUCUUCAAGCAGGAGGAGAAGCAGCGGCGCGGCCUCGCGGGGCCGGGUGGGGGCCAGGGCCCCUCCCGCCUGCCGGUGCAUAGCAUCAUCGCCUCCGUGGGGACUGUUGCCAUGGACCUCCAGCACACAGAGUGCCCGCCGGCACGAGGGAGCGAGGCCGGCAAGCUGGCACUGCCCACAGAGAAUGGCUCCGGCAGCCGGCGGCCCAGCAUCGCGCCUGUCCUGGAGCUGGCUGACAGCUCGGCCCUGCUGCCCUGCGACCUUCUGAGUGACCAGUCAGAAGAUGAGAUGACACAGUCAGAUGAUGAGGGGCUGUCAGUGGUGGAGUAUGUGAAGGGCUACCCCCCCAACUCGCCCUACAUUGGCAGCUCCCCCACCCUGUGCCACCUCCUGCCUGUGAAAGCUCCCUUCUGCUGCCUCCGGCUGGACAAGGGCUGCAAGCACAACAGCUAUGAAGAUGCCAAGGCCUACGGCUUCAAGAACAAGCUGAUCAUCGUGUCGGCCGAGACGGCCGGGAAUGGGCUGUACAACUUCAUCGUGCCGCUGCGCGCUUACUACAGGUCCCGCAAGGAGCUGAACCCCAUCGUGCUGCUGCUAGACAACAAGCCAGACCACCACUUCCUGGAGGCCAUCUGCUGCUUCCCCAUGGUCUACUACAUGGAGGGCUCUGUGGACAACCUGGACAGCCUGCUGCAGUGUGGCAUCAUCUACGCCGACAACCUGGUGGUGGUGGACAAGGAGAGCACCAUGAGUGCCGAGGAGGACUACAUGGCUGAUGCCAAGACCAUUGUCAACGUGCAGACCAUGUUCCGGCUCUUCCCCAGUCUCAGCAUCACCACGGAGCUCACCCACCCUUCCAACAUGCGCUUCAUGCAGUUCCGUGCCAAGGACAGCUACUCGCUGGCUCUCUCCAAACUGGAAAAGAGGGAACGGGAGAAUGGCUCCAACCUGGCGUUCAUGUUCCGCCUGCCGUUUGCCGCCGGCCGCGUCUUUAGCAUCAGCAUGUUGGACACGCUGCUUUAUCAGUCCUUCGUGAAGGACUACAUGAUCUCCAUCACCAGGCUGCUGCUGGGACUGGACACCACGCCGGGCUCCGGGUACCUCUGUGCCAUGAAGAUCACGGAGGACGACCUGUGGAUCAGCACCUACGGCCGCCUCUUCCAGAAGCUGUGCUCCUCCAGUGCGGAGAUCCCCAUCGGCAUCUACAGGACCGAGUGCCACGUCUUCUCCACCUCGGAGUCCCACGACCUCAGAGCCCAGUCCCAGAUCUCGGUGAGCAUGGAGGACUGCGAGGACACGCGGGAAGUAAAGGGGUCCUGGAAUGCGCGGGCAGCAGCUGGUGGCGGCAGCACCCACGGCCGGCACUCGACUGGCAGCGACCCAGUGGAGCACCCGCUGCUUCGACGCAAGAGUCUGCAGUGGGCGCGCAGGCUGAGCCGCAAGGCCCCCAAGCCGGUGGGGAAGGCGGCCGCCGAGUGCAUCAGCCAGCAGCGGAUCAGCUUAUACCGGCGCUCCGAGCGGCAGGAGCUCUCUGAGCUGGUUAAGAACCGCAUGAAACACCUGGGGCUGCCCACCACCGGCUACGAGGAUGUAGCAAAUUUAACAGCCAGUGAUGUCAUGAAUCGGGUAAACCUGGGAUAUUUGCAAGACGAGAUGAAUGACCACCAGAAUACCCUCUCCUACGUCCUCAUCAACCCCCCGCCCGACACGAGGCUGGAGCCCAACGACAUCGUGUACCUCGUCCGCUCUGAUCCCCUGGCCCACGUGGCCAGCAGCUCCCAGAGUCGCAAGAGCAGCUGCAGCAACAAGUUGGCCUCGAGCAACCCCGAGACCCGCGACGAGACGCAGCUCUGAGCCAGCCCUGCAUGGAGCCCUGCGCGUCGGCACGCAGCGUGAUGCAUGGGUGUGCAGGGACCUGGUCUGCCACGCUGGCCUGGCCCGCCCGGCCCAAAGCUGCUCCCGAAACUUGACCGAAGGGAGACCUCACGUGGGGCAGGGGUGAGACUGCAGGCGGGGAAGCCUUUUUUAACCUGUUUUUACAGAUCAACACAAGGUCUCUGCACAAAUGUUCCGCAGCUCCGCCUGGGCCUGCUGAGGAGCUCGGAUGGGAUGGGGGCUGGACGCUGCCCCUUGGGCACGGGCACACUCACCCACAUGGGAGCUGUGUUUUCAGGGCCACACACACACGUUUAUUCCACGGGGCUGCGCCAUGCUCUCGUGUUCUCCGCUCUGCGGGUCCCAGCUGGUCCUGGGCACACGACUGUCGGGGCCUGGAGCAGUCAAGCAGAGGCGCCGCCCUGCUGGUGGGAGAACCAGGGGAGCCCCUCCCGGAGGGAAAUCAAAGCGACAGAGGCCUCGCGGCUUAGCCAGGAGCCCAAGGCUGGGUGGGCUCUGGAGAGCACGUGACGGGGGAGGUGGGCCUGCUGAGACACCGGUGUUCCGGCAGCCACUGACUGAGGGAAACGAGAAAGAAGCCAUUCUCCUCUAUUUUUAACGGAACUUCCCUCGCCACAGCGUUUGUGGGCACGGGGCAUGGGCGGUGCUAUCCUGUUGCCUGCUCGACGCCCUUUUAACCGCUGUUCUGAAGCACAAUUCAGCCACUGGGCUGCUGGCCACGUCGUGGGAAGCAGCUUUUCUCAGUGAGGGAGGGACUGGGUGGCAGGCAUCCAUGAGGGGCCACCCUGGUUCCUUCGUGACUGUGACGAGUCGUGCUCGGGCCAUGCUGGACCCUUCUAUUAAAUGGAUGCUUUCUGCAAGCUUGA